AUGACUUAUGUCUUGAACAGAACAGAGGCGAUACCAUCAAGACUCGAAAUGUACAAAGGGUUUGCUACCGAGCGGAUGUUGCAGGAUGGCUCCGCCUCCCCACCAGAGAUUCAUUCGGCCGUACGCACCAGCGAUGGACCUGGUAGGCAUCAGUUGAGCGAUCUUCCUGUACAUGAGGUCGAACAGGACUUGCUGGGUGCCAUCUUUGGCGAUCAUGAGCCUGUCAGAAAUGGAGGGCUUACCGCGUUGAACCAAACCGGGAAUGCAACCCCUACUCAAAAUGCUGGGGAUCAGGUUCUCGCACCGUCAGCGACCGAGAUCUUGCUACAAAAAGACAACAAAAAGGGCAAGAAAAGCCACGCUCGAAAACAGCCCAACGGGCAUAUCCCGAGGCCCCGAAAUGCAUUCAUAUUGUUUCGAAAGCAUAUUACAGACAAUGAUUUGAUCCCGACUAGUGUCGAAGUGAAACACCAAAACAUCAGCGUCGUUGCAGCCAAAAUGUGGGCCGAAGCCCCACCCAAUGUCAAAGCCGAAUUCACGGAAGCGGCGCGUAUUGAAAAAGAAGAACACGCCAGGCUGUACCCAAACUACCGGUAUCAACCAGCAUAUCGGCGAACAGAUAUCGUCAGAAGACGAGUCCGCAAAGACCCAAUCGAGGACCAAAAAUGUGACGCCGUUGCAAAUCUUCUCAUUCAGGGCGCUUCAGGUGACCAGCUCGAAAGCGAAGUCAAGGAAACAUUGGCGCAACAAGCUCCAGAACCGGUGGCUCCGGAACAGAUCAAACUCGUCAACAAGCGAGGUCGAAGGCGACGCAAGGAUGCUCCAGGUGAGCUGUCAAAGGGCGCCGUUCGUGCCCAGCGAGCAGCUGCGAGGGCAAAAGCUAUGCGUGAGCAGUGGAUGGACACCAAUAUCCUCUUGAACGGCAUGCAGACUCGCAACCUAGCGGCCAAGCGAGCGGCUCAAGACAAUCAAAACAUGAAUCAACAGUUUACGGGUCACCCGAUGUUCCAAGACCCGUUCGACAUGCCUUACGAUGACGGACUCUACGACGACGCAUACGAGCAACCUUACGAUCUCAGGCCCGAGCAGUUUGAGGACGAUGUCUUUUACCACCAGGGGGCCAUGCGAGGACCAGUCAUGCAGUUCCAUCCCGAUGACCAGUUCAGCCCUCUCGACGACCGACCUAGAGAGUACCUUUGGGACCAGCAGCAACCCGGCUAUAUGAACGCGCCUCCGCCACCGAUGCCCUUGCACCAGGACGAUUACGGCAUGUAUCAACCGAUGCAAGAUCAUGAUCAGCAAAUCGGACAUGCAGAAUUCAACGAGCCAGCCUAUCAGCAGAUGCCAGGAUACCCAAUUGACAACAUCGAUGCCAGCCGACUUCCGACGCCACGUACAGCUGGUCGCUUUGACAUGCAGCCCAUGCUCACUGCGUAUCUUCCGCCUGACCCAGAACCCGAUGCGUUGGCGUACGGAUACCCUCCCCCCGAAUCUCCCCUCCGUACGCAACAAGGCGACCUCGACCAGAUCUACCCGUUCUCAAACCCCGUGGCUGACAAUUACGGUACGAGCGGACGGCCUGCCGAUAUCAUUGCCGGUAGGUGGGCGCAGCAGGUCGGUCAGUUCGGCAACGAUAACGGCGUCGACCCCGAGUAUGAGCAAGACAACGCUCCACUACCGGCCUUCGCGACCGAAUCAGAAGGAUCGAAACAGCAAGCCGAUCAGACGAACAACUGGUUCCCACCUGUUGACAACAACAUCCUGCCUAGCGAAGGUAUCGACUUUGGAGAGCAGCCUAGGUUAUUCAACGAGAUCUGGGAACAAGAGCCUCCGAUCCUCCCGCUUGAUCCUGACAUGGAGGAUUACCAACAGGCGGUGAGAGAGCAGGACGAGAUGCAGAUGCUCACGGCGAGGUGA